UAAUAUUUCAAAUUGCACCGCGAAUUAGAUAAACAGUAUAAUCAAAGUGAAGGUGCUGUGUGGUGUGCUAUUUACUCGUAUUAAGCCAAAAAUAAAAAUAUUCAACAUGAAUAACACAGCAGACAAUCAAGAUACAUCCAAUAAACUUCUGGACAAUCAGAAGGAUGAAAAAAUGCCACCAUCACAAACGAGCACACCUAAGCCCUCAUUAUUGUUCUCGAAACGAUUUUUCAUCACAAUUUUAUUGUUUUUCUCCAAUAUAAGUAUGAUUCUGAUAGAACACAAUAUCAAUAUCAAUAUCAUCGAAAUGACAUCACCCAAACAAAUCAAGAAUGGAGAUCUCAACGAAACGCAACCACCAGAAUUUCCCUGGGAUCCCGCAAGAAGGGGAGUGGUGCUGAGCGUUUCUGCAUACGGAAGACUGUUAUCAUUUCUGAGUGGACCUUUGAUAUCGAAGCUAGGAGGGGCGACAACGUGGGGUCUUUCUAUGAUGGCUGCUGGAAUAACAACGUUACUUCAACCAAUCAGUCUGCGAUAUGAUUUUUUUGCAUUUCUAGCUUGUCGUUUUCUAAUUGGAGCAUUCGAUAGCUUUUACAACGCAAGUGCUUUGGAAGCAUGUUCACGAUGGAUACCAAAAUGUGAAAGAGGAACCUUGAUAUCCGUCAGUGUAAAUGGAGUAUACGUUGGUAUUGCAAUCGCAUAUCCCAUAUGUGGACUCAUAAUAUCUGAGUUAGGAUGGGCUGCAGUGUUUUAUCUCCUAGGUGGUAUUUGCGUGAUCAUGUCGUUACUUUGCUUGAUCUUGAUACGAAAUCAGCCUUCUGAGGAUAAGUGGAUCUCAAAAAAAGAACUGGCAUAUAUUUUGAAGGAAACCGACACUGUGUGCCCAAAAAAGGACAUCACUCGUCCUUACAGAACAAUCCUUUCAUCUCCCCCAAUUUGGGCACUCUGCACAGGAUAUUUUGUUAAUGGCUGGGUAGUCAUGAUGUUGCUGGCUGGAUUACCUUUGCUUAUAAAAGACUUGACAAAUAAAGAAACCAAAGAAGUAGCCAUCAUCUCUUCCAUUCCAAGUAUUUUGGGGAUUUUUAUAUCUUUAGCUGCUGGUACAAUAAUGGAUUAUUGGAAAAACAACAGUAGCAUUUCGUUGACUCGAAUGCAUAAAAUCUUAAUCGGAGUUUCGUACGCAAGUCAAAUGUUUCUAUUCGUAGCUUUAACAUUUGUCAGUAAUUUGACCACAAUUAUGAUCUUGUUCGUUCUCAUUCGAGCAUUCCUGCCUUUUGGUUUCCUGAUUCUAAGACUAAUCUCAGUAAGUAUAACACCAAAUCACACCGGUAUCACAGCAAGUAUCGUGAUGUCUUUCUUUUCAUUGAGUAAAAUAGCCAAUCAAAUGGUGGUCGGUUUCUUGACAUAUGAUCACACUGCAGAGGAAUGGAACCAAUGUUUCAUUUUGACAGCUGGUCUUCUGAUAUGUGGCGCCAUUGCAUUUGUUUUAUACGGAUCCAGUGAAGCUCAAUCGUGGUCUUUGGCAUCGAAUCUUCAAAAGCAACCCCAAACGUCUGAUGAAAGCGAACUGGAGUUCAUCAAAAAAUAAACUCGAUUGCUUCAUAAAUAUGCACUAUGCAGAGGCAGACACUCGACAAGAUCUCACUGUCCCUUUAGUAUAUUUUUUUUCGUCAAGAAUUUCAAGGUCAAUGGCUCUUAUUUGUCUAUUGUGGAAAUUCUCAAUAAUAAUCAAAGGUGUCUUAAAAAACAGGCCAAUAUGAAAAAGCAAGGCAAAAGCAGGAUAAUUAUAUUUUUUCAAAAAUUUCAACUUGUUUAAACGAGUGAAAAAUUUCAAAGUUGGAUUUUCAAAAACGUGAAUAAACUUCACGGUCAAGGACAUCAAAAAUUGUUAAGACACCUUGCCAAAUAAUUAACGAAAUAAGAACGUAA